GGGUGGAGUUAUACACGCCAGUUUGCGCACUAGUGUGAGGUGUAUCGCCCGUCCUGCCGCAUUUCGUCUUUGUUUUAAGUUGCUUCCACAGUUAACCGUCCUUUAAUUUUACAGAAUGAACGGUAUGGACGAAGAACAAAUGGCCCCACAGACGUUUAUUUACGGUUGUGCGCUUGAAUCUGGAAAGGAAGUCACAUUCAAUCCUGAGGAUGAUACCUUUGAGCAUCAGCUGGAUCUACGAAUGGCGUGUACAGACCCGACCACAAAAGAUGAGCUUCAAGUCGUGGAGGUGGAAGGAAAAGACUCUGAGGGUCAGAAGGUGACCGCAGUAGUGGUUUCUCUGAAACCCUCCAUUCUGCCAUGUGUGUGUCUUGGGGGUUUCACCAUCUCACCGCCUGCAGUGUUCCGUCUGAAAGCAGGUUCUGGUCCCAUCCAUAUCAGCGGGCAACAUCUCGUCAUGAUGGAAUCUGAUGAAUUUAAGGAAGAUUCUGAUGAUGAUGACGAGGAGGAGGAGGAAGAAGAGGAAGAUAUAAUACUGUCCAAGAAACGACCCGCCUCCUCUCCUGCGCACAAGUCUAAGAAAAAGAUGAAAGUGGCACUUGAUGCAGAUGACGAUGAUGAGGACGACGACGAUGAUGAUGAAGACGACGAGGAUGAUGAGGAGGAGGAGGAGCAGGAAACCCCUGUUAAGGCAAAGGCCACACCAAAAUCUGCUCAGAAUGGCAAAAAUUCAAAACCCACUACUCCAAAGCAGGUGAAGACCCCCAGGCAAAGAGGAAAAUCUCCCAAGACCCCACCAACGCCCAAGGAAACCUUGACGCUUCCUGAGAUUCAAGCAAAGAUGACCGAGAUGAUGAAGAAGGGCACAGUGCUCCCCAAAGUCCAGGCCAAAUUCGCAAACUUUGUGAAGAAUUCUUAUAGAGUAUCUGAUGCCCAGGCUGUUGCUGAGCUGUGGAAGUGGCGACAAAGUGUCGCAGACACGAAAUAAACGACUUUUAUUAGGUCCUUUUUUCUUUUGUCCCACCCUAAACCUUUCUGUGCCUCACUCUCAUUCAGUCUCAUUCAAUGCAUGAUAAUUAACAAGAGGUUUAUAUAUUAGACACUGCCAUCUUAUACUGGAAUUAUUGAAGGAGCCACCAAGGACUGUUAUGCAGUUUUUCAUUAUUAUAACAUCUUAUUGCGUGACACCAAAAGCUGUGAUGUAAGUUAAAUUUGUGGUGGAACAAUAACGUGGGAUAACAAAUGUGUAAGAUCAAGUCUGACCUUGAUGUUGGCUCACAGAAUAAUUAUGGUCGUUUGGAAUACCGAAGGUAGCAGAAGAUUGUUGAGUAUAUGAUUUGUUUUUGGAUUGUUUCUUAAGUUGUCUUGUGUUUUUCGCCGGCCGUCCGUUUAAUGGUUUCGUUCACAUAACAUAAAACAUAAGCAGUUGAUGUUUUAUACAUGUCAUAAUCCCUGAAUGCAUCAUUGGACAGCUAUUCCACCAUUUGUAUUGGUACCCAGAGCUUUGAAAGCCUGCAUGGCAGCUGAAUAAAGAAGCCUGGUUUAGUAACUACCAUUCCAAGUUUUCAAUAAAGAUGGUUCGCUAGCCAA